AACCUCUGUGAAAGCAAAGCAAAUCAGCACCCCUAUGAAAGUGAAGCAAAUCACAACCCAAGCGAAAGUGAUGCAAAUCCGAAUCUCUGUGAAAGUGAAGCAAUUCUGAACCCCCAUGAAAGCAAAGCAAGUCUGAACCCCCAUGAAAGCGAAGCAAGUCUGAACCCCCAAAGCGAAGCAAGUCUGAACCCCCAUGAAAGCGAAGCAAGUCUAAACCCCUGUGAAAGCGAAGCAAGUCUAAACCUCUGUGAAAGUGAAACAAGUCUGAACCCCUGUGAAAGCGAAGCAAAUUUGAACGCCUGUGAAAGUAAUGCAAAUCAAAAUCUCUGUAAAAGUGAAGAAAAUCUGAAUCCCUGGGAAAGUGAAGAAAAUCCGAAUCCCUGUGAAAGUGAAGAAAAUCUGAAUCCCUGUGAAAGUGAAGCAAAUCUAAAUUCCU